AUGUCCAGCAUUUGGGCCCUCAGCAGUCGAGCUCGCCUGCCCAUGGCGGGGCCGAUUCGAGCUUUUCGACCGUUGAACUUCUCGACGACGAGCGCCGCCCGCGCCGCCGAAAUACGCGAAGUCUCCUCCCUUCCUCGAAGAAUAGUUCCGAAGUACCGAGACCCUCCAAACUCGACUUCCGGCCUGCUGUCUCUGCACUGGCCGACACCACCACGAAAUAUCCUCCUCAUGCCGAAGCUGCGGUCGCCCCAAGUCCUGCGUGCGACGAUCGAUUUUGCGAAGCACCUGAAUAGCACAUACACAGGCCUCAACCUGAUUUUCGAGCCGCGAGUUGCGACGAUGGUCCACGAGUCGCUCAACUUCCCCAUCUACACCUGCGAUCCCUCGAGUUUCCCCGACAAGAUCGACAUGAUCACUACACUGGGCGGUGACGGAACGAUCUUGCGCGCAGCCAGCCACUUCAGCAUGUACUCCUCCGUACCACCGAUCCUCGCUUUCAACUUUGGGACGAUAGGGUUCUUGGCUGAAUGGAAAUUUGAGGAAUACAAAAGAGCGUGGAGGGAGGCAUACAUGAGCGGCAGCGGGGUUGCGACCGAGGAUUUGAUGGGGCCGCACACGAGGGUUGCCAGUGGAGAGAUGGAGCACGAGCCGAAGAACAAAGACAAUGGAUGGCACCACUCUCCUGGAAAGAGUAUGGGUCCGAGCAGAGCGGCGAAGAUUCUUCUUCGACACCGGUUGCGAGUCGGGGUCUUCGACACGAAUGGUCAGAACAUUAAUAGCCAAUUGCUGCCGACGACCAAGUCGCAGGCGCAUCUCCCUGCGACACCACCAGAAGACACCAUCUUGACAAAGCGCGACAUACCGCAGCCUAUCCACGCGCUCAACGAACUGCUCAUUCACCGUGGCCCGAAACCACACCUCGCCCAUAUCGACAUCUACCUGAACAACCGCUUCCUCACAGAAGCCGUCGCCGACGGCAUACUCCUGAGCACGCCUACCGGCUCAACCGCUUACAGCCUCAGCGCCGGCGGUUCCAUCAUCCACCCCCUCGUCAAAUCUCUCCUCAUCACACCAAUCUGCCCCCGAAGUCUCAGUUUCCGUCCGCUGGUGCUUCCCCUCAAUACCAAAGUUACGCUCAAAGUCAGCAGCAAGAACCGCGAUGGCGAGCUCGAGGUGAGUAUCGAUGGCAAGCGCAGCGCCGGCGCCCCGAUCGGCACCGAAAUUCGCGUCGAGGGUGAGAUGGUAGGCGAGUCUGGCAGCGGCGACUGGAAAGGCGGCGUACCCUGUGUCAUCUGCGGACCUGGUAAGGGCGACGCGGCCGAGUACGAUGAUGACGGCUGGGUUGGCGGUUUGAACGGGCUGUUGAUGUUCAACUACCCCAUCGGAAGGGGGCAGUGA